AUGGCCGGACCAUCCCAGAAGAAAACGAAGAGGAGAGUCAGAGACCUCCAGUUUAGGGAUAUCUUUCGACGUCAACGCUCGAAUAUAAACGACACACCCCGCAUCAUCCACAUCAAUAGUCCAGAUGUCAACGCAGAGCAAAAGUUUUGUGGAAACUCAGUGUCAACUGCGAAAUAUAAUCUAGUGACAUUUCUUUUCAAGUUUUUGUAUGAAGAGUUUAGCAAAUCCGCAAAUCUGUUCUUUUUGUUCAUUUCUGGAAUCCAACAAAUUCCAAAUAUAUCCCCAACUUCACGAUACACUACCAUUUUACCACUUGUUAUUGUACUUUGUAUUACAGCUGUGAAAGAGGCAAUCGAAGACUACGGUGUUCAUCGAUCUGACGCCGAACUCAACGCGAGAAAAUGCAAAAUAUUUGAUGGAUCUCAAUUUGUGGAAAAACGAUGGAGAGAUGUUAAAGUGGGAGAUAUCUGCAGAAUCGAAAACUCUGGCUUCUUCCCUGCUGAUUUGAUUAUCAUAAGUAGCUCUGAGCCAGAAGGACUGUGCUAUAUUGAAACGAGCAAUCUUGACGGAGAGGUCAAUCUAAAGAUAAAACAAGCCUUGCCCGAAACAUCCAAAUAUAUUUCACCUCAGCAAUUAUCGUCCUUUAGUGGCGUUGUACGUUCUGAGCCCCCGAAUAACAGGCUGUACAACUAUGAUGGCACGAUGAGUUUACCAAUCGAGGAUGGUGUAGGAGGCUCAAAAGACCUUCCACUCGAUCCAAACACUGUUUUACUUCGAGGGGCACAGUUAAGAAACACAAGUUGGAUUUAUGGUCUUGUUGUAUUUGCAGGUCAUGAAUCUAAACUCAUGCUCAACUCAAGCAAGAAACCAUCAAAGGCCUCAAACUUGACACGUAUAACAAACCGGAAUAUUCUGUACUUAUUUGCCAUGUUGGUUAUAAUGAGUAUUCUUUGUUCAGUUGGAAAUCUUGCUAUCUCGAUCCGUGAAUCUUCUAGAAUGGCAUAUCUACCGCUUCCUGCUACUGAAAGAGCCCGUGAAUUUGGAUACAACAUUCUCACCUUUAUGAUUCUCUUCAACAGCUUUAUUCCAAUCAGUUUGAUGGUGUCUAUGGAAAUUGUGAAAUUUAUUCAGUCUACGAUGAUAGACAACGAUCUCGACAUUUACUAUGAGAAAACGGAUACACCUGCUGUUGCAAGAAGCAGUAGUCUUAUUGAAGAACUUGGACAGGUCGAAUACGUUUUCUCUGACAAGACCGGCACGCUGACCUGUAACGAGAUGGAAUUUCAAAAGUGCUCCAUUGCUGGCCUUUCUUAUGCAACUACACCUGACCCGGAUCGCAGACCUGAAUCUGAAAACGACACUCACGGCGAAUAUUCUUACAAACAGCUCGAAGAACACCUCGAAAACUCGGUCGACAAGCAGACAAUCCAUACCUUUAUGGAGUCACUCAUGACGUGCCACACGGUUAUUCCAGAAACAAACGAGGAUACGGGUGCUAUAGUGUAUCAGGCAUCUUCUCCUGACGAGGCUGCCCUUGUCCAGGGCGCAAGUUCAGUAUUCGCCUAUCAUUUCUAUGCACGAAGACCCCGGUCGAUCAACUGUACUGUCAAGGGGGUUGAUCAGGAAUUUCAAAUCCUAAAUGUCUGUGAAUUCAACUCGACGCGAAAACGUAUGUCAGUCGUGCUCAGGGGACCCGAUGGGAAAAUCAAGCUUUACUGCAAGGGUGCCGACACCGUGAUUCUUGAGAGAUUGGGUCCCAACAAUCGAUUCGUAGACGCAACAUUAUCACAUCUUGAGGAAUUUGCCUCAGAGGGACUUCGAACAUUAUGUUUUGCUAUGCGUGAUAUAUCAGAGGAUGAAUAUUCUCGUUGGUCGCAAUUUUACGACAAAGCGUCAACAACUUUAAUAAACCGGGCCGAAGAACUCGACAGGGCUGCGGAGAUGAUUGAAAAAGAUAUGUUGUUGUUGGGAGCUACCGCCAUUGAAGACAAGCUUCAGGAUGGUGUUCCUGACACAAUCCACACUCUUCAGGAAGCAAACAUUAAAGUCUGGGUGCUCACAGGCGAUCGACAAGAAACGGCCAUCAAUAUCGGUUACAGCUGUAAACUCCUGACAGAAGAAAUGGAACUGAUAAUUUGCAAUGAAGAAGAUCACGAAACCACAAAAGCAUUUUUGGAAAGUGCAUUAGAAAAUGCCAAAAGACAUAAAGAAGCAACCUCAGAGCCUCUUGCGUUUAUUAUUGAAGGAAAGGCGCUCACAUUUGCACUCGAAAAAGACAUUGAAAAGAUUUUAUUUGACUUGGCUGUGAUGUGCAAGGCUGUCAUAUGUUGCCGUGUCUCGCCGUUGCAAAAGGCACUUGUUGUAAAGCUUGUCAAGAAGUUUUCGAAAUCAAUUUUACUCGCCAUUGGUGACGGUGCAAACGAUGUUUCGAUGAUUCAAGCGGCACAUGUUGGUGUAGGUAUCAGUGGCGUUGAGGGUCUUCAGGCUGCACGGACUGCCGAUUUUGCAAUCUCCCAAUUCAGAUUCCUCAAGAAACUCUUGCUUGUUCACGGUACAUGGGCUUAUCAACGUUUGAGCAAGAUGAUCUUCUUUUACUUUUAUAAGAAUGUUGCUCUUUAUCUCACGCAAUUCUGGUAUGCCAUUUUCAAUGGAUUCUCUGGUCAAACUUUGUACGAAUCUUGGACAAUGUCUUGUUUCAAUGUUGUUUUCACAUUUUUACCACCAAUGGCUAUCGGUUUGUUUGAUCAAUUUACAUCGGCAAGGUUGUUGGACAAGUAUCCUCAGAUGUAUAUGCUUGGUCAGAGAAAUGAAUUUUUCAAUCAGAAAAGAUUCUGGGGCUGGAUACUAAAUGCGGUGUAUCAUUCAGCAUUAUUGUUUUUCCUUGGAAUGCUUGGAUUUGCCAACGAUGCUGUUUUUGUAAAUGGCUGGGCUGGUGGUCAGUGGUGGGUCGGUACAACCAUCUUUAGUGCCACCUUAGCCACUAUCCUGUGGAAGGCGGCUCUGAUAUCAGAUAUAUGGACAAAGUACACUUUUAUUGCAAUUCCAGGAUCGAUGGUUAUUUGGUUUAUAUUCUUGCCACUUGUUGCCUAUGUUGGUCCACUGUUGCCUUCAGAACUGUUUCUCGAAUAUCAAGGAAUUGUUCCACACCUGUUUGGAAAUGUCAACUUUUGGCUCUUUUUCUUGCUUGUUCCCUUGCUGUGUAUCCUUCGUGACUAUGUCUGGAAAUAUUACAAGCGUAUGUAUCGAACACGAAGCUACCACUACAUUCAAGAAAUCCAAAAGUUUAAUUUGCCAGAUUAUCGGCCACGUAUGGACAGAUUCAGGCAGGCGGUCAAUAAAGUCCGCAAGAUCCAGAGACUUAAACAAUCCCGUGGUUUUGCUUUUGCACAAAACGACAACAACCAGUCUAAAAUUAUUAGAAUGUAUGAUACAACCCAGCAGAAACCAAGUGGUUAAAUAAAUAAAUAUAUAUAUAUAUAAG